AUGUCAUACUUUAUAAAAGGAACAAAGUAUCAACUUUCACGACAGCCAAAUACGAAUGCGAUAGGAUAUCACCGAGGUCGCCACAUGACCUUAGACAAUAGAACGGCGGGUCAGACACUCACACCAAAUCCUUCGCCUCUCACCCUUGAACCACUCUCUCCCACCAUCACGACUAAACAUCACCAUUACCACAAACAGGACCCAGACCUAGUCCGGGUGCGGCCAAACAAGAUGGUCUAUGCAAGUCUGGAAUCAAAUGCCAAUACCGCCACGAUAAAGAGCGUAUUGCAGUGUGCCGAGAUUGGCUCACAACAGGAUUGUCCGUAUACUCAUGUCCAUGUUAGUAAAGGAGCGAAGAUCUGUGAAGACUUUGUUCAGGGAUUUUGUGAGCAAGGGGAGGAGUGCGAAAUGAAACAUUUGUGGGGAAGAAAAGCGCAAGUUGAAAUGAUUUGGCAACGAAGUGAGGAGGAAAAAAGAGAAAUGAAUGAGGAGGUGAGACGGAAAGUGCAUGAGGGUGUAGAGAGGAAAAAAAAGAGUAAGAGUAAAAAUAAGAAAGCUGGUAAAAAAGAAAAGAUUAAGCAAAAAAAUGAAAACAAGAGAGGACGAGAAGAAGAAGGUUUUAUUAAUCAAAAAGGCAAGAGGGUUAAGAUAGACAUGAUGAGUGUAGAUAAUGCUAGCGACAGUUCCUCAGAUGAGGACGAUCAUCGGCAUACAACGUUUAGAGACAAAGAUGACCUCUGGAGAUACGAUUUCAUCGGCUUUGAUGACUAA